GGAAGGGAACUUCUCAACUUCAUCUUCAUCCCUUUUGUUAACAGUCCGUGAUUCGUUGCACACGUGUUGCGCGACCGUUGUGACUUUUCGACGUCAGCAACUGGUUUCGCUUCUUCUUUUGCACAAAUAUCCGAUUUAUAAUAGUUAAUGAGUAUCGAAUACCUCUAAAACAGAAGGCGUAUUCGUAUUUCAUUGGGGGACUCGUGGAAAAGCUUUUUGUUGAGGACACAGGAUGUCGAUGAAGAGAUCGAUGCCUGUUUACAUCAGCGAGCCCGAUCCAGAGUCAAAAUUUAUUGAAGACAGACUUCAUUGGGCAAUUCUUCGAGGAAAGUCAGUCACUGUUAGCAAAUUGCUUGACUCUGGUGUUCCUGUUGAGUUGCCUAAUCGAGCAGGACAAACUCCACUAUUCUGUGCAGCUUUCCAAGGGCAUUACGAUAUAGUGAAACUUUUGCUGAAGCUUGGUGCUGAUCCAAACAGGCGGUGUUCAAUUCUUUGCUGCACUCCAGUACAUGCUGCAUGCUGGAGCGGGAAUAGUCAUCUGCUCAUCUCCUUAUUGAUUGCAGGAGGGGAUCUUCGACUGCACGAUCAAAAUAACCACUCACCGCGUGAUUGGGCAACAAUGCAGCCACAUUCUGAAAGCCGACUGGCCACUCUUUCAUUGAUAGAACACUUCCGUCAAGCGUCGAUGAAAAACAACGAAGUGAAUGUUUUCGAUUCUGGAGUUGCGGAAUUAAACAAUAGCACUACUCCUCGGGGCCACCGUGCUACAUUGAAAUUUCCGACAAAGUUGCGGAAUACACUUGCUGCGAUAGGUUUGGUGUGUGGCGAAAAUUGCGAAUUUACUGGACCUUUAGGCAACGUUCAAGGCACUGGUUUUGGCAAGAUUCUUUACGGGCGCGGAGAGAGCGCAGCUGCUCUUUGGCCAGUUCCAUUGAUUAGCGAGUCAGAAAUAAGCGAUCCCGACGACGAUGGAUGUGGUGUCGAAGCAGAUCUUAAUGGCUUGCUCCCUCGAGGUAUUGCUUACAGAUCCGGUCCGACGACUGAAAUGAUUUCUAGACGCUGGCAUCAAACUCCCGUUACUAUUCGGCGCAUGAGAGACAAUCAACCUCCUGAUCUGUUAUUUGAAGAGCUUCAAAGCAUGAGCCGGUUGAGGCAUCCAGGAUUGAUGAUGCUGUUGGGAGUGAGUGCAAUGCAACAUUGGGAGAGCGUGCAACUUGUAUACGAGCCUAUUUACCAUGGUUCUCUUCAUCAUAGACUCCACAUAAUGGGAUCUUCCAUUCCACUCAUUAAACGACUGCUUGUAUUGCAGCAGAUUUGUGAUGCCUUGCUGUUUCUUCACUCUAAGGAGUUUUUACAUUGCAGUGUUUCAUCGCAUGCCGUUCAUUUGGUAUCCACUGGCCGAGCCAAGUUAGGGUGCUUGGAGACUAUGACUGAAGAUAACAGUUUAUCAAAAAGAGCUUAUCGGAAAGUUCCAUCUUCACACUGGGAAUGGAUGGCUCCUUGGCUUGCACCGGAAUGUGCCCGUGGAGAGUUUGCCUCCACCCUUUCUGAUGUCUAUUCGUUUUGCUGUCUGGUGUGGGAGACGUGCUCAGAGAAAAUACCUUGGUCGCAUCUUGAUUCAAAAGAGAUAAAUCGUAUGUGGCAAAAGGAGAGUUGCAACAAUCCAAGAAUGCUUCCGCUCGGGUCGGAUAUCCCUCUUCAUGUUACGAGUUUUCUCAAACUGGGCCUUCAACCGGAAUUGAGUGAACGACGUGAAAUGGAUUUGCAGGAAAUCUAUUUGAUGCUUCGUCUUCAGGCGGCUGCAGUGUCUCACUCGCAGCAGAAAGAAGUUUAUCAAAAGUCUAGCCCCCCGCCAGUUAGAAUUAAUUCUCCGACUCCCGUUCCACCAACCUUCACUCACUCUCAGAUCCAACCCCAACACGGAUGGGAUGCUGUCAAGGAGAAUUUCAAGAAAAGAAGAACUCCUGCUCCACCACAACCACCUCCCCUUCCACCUCCUCCUCCGGGGCAGCAACAAAUUUUGGAAGUGUCGAAUGAUUCCUUGGAUGACUGCAACGCCGAAAUUAAUCAAUCCAUACCGAACGAGAAUAUUCAAACCGAAGUCCAGAUUGAGUGCAAUGGGAAUUUGCAGCAAACGAUAUUCUGUACUCCCAACCCCAGUGGCGGUGACCGAUUUAGUUAUAUACCAAUGCCACAACAGCGAGACGUUCGAACUACGAAUAAUUCAGAAUUUGCAAUUAAGCCAGCCAGUCACACAACUGAGCGUCAUUCAACCAAUUGCCAGAUGUCUCACCCAGAUCGAAACACGUCGACUUAUCAUACACCACCUAGUCAUCGGGAUGAAUCCCUCAAAAACUGCAAUGCCUAUUCCGGAUUUAAUAAUGAAAUGCGCGCAACAGUGGCACAGCCAGCAAAGAUUUAUCGUGAACCGUCUGAAUUUGAAACUUGGCGCACCAAGAUCGACGAGGCAAACGAAGAUGAUAAUGCAGCUGAAGAGUCGACGGUCGAAGUUACUGGGCAUCCUUCAUUAACCUCAACGCCGAGGCAUCAGCAUGGAGUAACAUUUUUGGCUUGCAGUUCAGGUUUGGAAGACCCCGAAAUCGGUUGCGGAUCAGACGAUAUUGGAGGGGCCAAGCCUAAGCGAUCGCUCAAGUUUCUUUCCAAUGGAAACCACUCCCAUACAUCGCGAGUUCCUAGUUUUUUCACCAUAGCUAAACCAAGGAAAGAAUUUGUUGCAUCCCUUGCUGCCAUCUUCAAUGACAAGGCUGCCAGCAACAGAACCCACUCAAUUCUCAAAAGGAGAUCUACUUCUACACCGGAAAAGUUAUUGCAAGAGCCUAGCAUUGGUGAUACUUUCAAUGAUGGCGUCGAAUGCGUUUCACGUGGAGUUCAAUGCAAUCAAUGUGACUGAAGCUCAUGUUCAUCGGUAAAUUCAUUCUAUCGAAUAUUCACUCCAUUACUUGAGUUAUUCGUAUCAUAAUCUUGGUCUUCCGCUUGUCUCCUUAUCUUUUUCAUCAAUGUAAUUGAACUCAGAAAUUUCGCGACAUUUGUUUAGUUCACAGAUACCUCAUUUUCUGUUGUGUUUUUGCUAUCGUCUAACGUUACUUGAACGUUCUAAAGACGUGCUUUGACCAUCGGUUAAAAUUCUCCCAAGUUUUUGUAUCCGUAACUGUAAAGGAAUACAUCGCAUUUUUUUUUUCA